UGUGAAUGAGCGCCAGCAACGCCAGCAAGACAAGAGCUCAAGCAAGCAAGCAAGGCGCAAAGCAACACAACAGAACGGCUGUGAGGAGCCUUUUGCAACGCACGGGCAGGACACCAGCACCAAACAACCACAACACCAACACCAACCAGCAACCAAGUCAUGCAAGGGGUGUUGAGCGUGAUGGAUCAAGAUGCACUGCGUUUGGAGUGCUUUGUGUCAAGUGGGCGCGUGGACAUGGAGAGGCUGGUGUGCCAGCUUCCACACGAGGAGAGCAAAGGGCAACCGCCACCCUUCUCCACGCGGGAGGAGCUCAGGCAGCAUGUAUUUGCAGAGCACACAAACGAUCCCUUGGGCUGGGACGAGUGCAAAAAGUGCAACAAGCGCAUGAAAAAGUCCAGCUUCAAAGCGCAUUGCCAGAAAGUGCAUCUGCGCCUGGGCACAAUCGAGUGCCCCGACUGCGCAAAGAGAUUUUACAGCAAACACACCUUUGAGCGGCACAAGAACCUGCACACAAAAGAAAAACAGUUUCGCUGCACCAUGACUGGCUGCACGGGAAGCUUCGCCUCGUUCGAAAGCCUCGUGUACCAUGCACGCAAGCACCACGGCGUCAACCUUCGCGCGCGCCACGUGCACUCCCCAGCCACAGCUGCCAGCAUGGACGAGGCAUUCUCCCCACAGCAGCACACGCAGCAGGGGCACGCCGACGCACAAGGGCAACAUGGGCAGCACGGUGAAUCCGGCGCCGCGUCUGGUGUGGCAGCACACGCUUCGGCACAGCACCAGCAUCAGCAGCAGCAGCAGCAACAUGAGGAGGAGGAGGAGGAGGAGGAGGCAGGCAGUACGCAGGGCCUGUCUGUGCAAGAUGGUGGCAUGGUUGCAGGCACAGCACCAGCAGCAUUCCAUCAGCAACAGCAGCAAGGACAAGAGCGGCAAGAACAGCAAGAACAGCAGCAGCAGCAGGAGCAGCGGCCUUCCUCGCAUACGAUGUCGUCUGUUGGCCGCGAUAUGCUGCUGCCACCGCUCGAUACAGCCACGGCCGCGCCGCCAGUGCUGGCUGCCAAUGGCGCCACUUCCACGGCAGCAGCUGCACCUUCGGUUGCAACAACAUCAGUAGCACCAACAGCGAGCACCACAGCAGCGGCGGGAGCGGAGACGCAGGCACCAACGGCCACCAGCUCCAUUCCUACCACCACGAGCACCAGCAUCAGCAGCACGGCGGGCCCAAGCACUGGGGCAUCAGACCCUUCCUCAUCCACGCCGCUGAUUGGCCAGCUGGCGUUCUCAGACACCAGCACAAUCUCGCUCCCAUCCCCGGCAGCCGCACCAACCAGCGUGGUCACGGCCGCCACUGCCAGCAUGUCAGCCAGCACCAUCCCGCUCUUGCCCAUGCCACUCACACACGGCACCGCUGACGAUACGCGCCAACAGCAGCAGCAGCAGCAGCAGCAGCAGCAGCAGCAGCAGCAGCAGCAAGAAGUGCAGCAAGAAGUACAUCAGCAGCAGCAUCAACAACAACAGCAACGUCACGCCCGUGGUUCCGUCACCCGCAUUAGCGGGAAUACAGCUGUUGGCAGCAGCAGGAGCAGCAGAGGCAGCGCAAGCAGCACACCCGGCCGCACUUAUCCUUGCUUCUACUGCAACGAAUCGUUUCCGAAUCCUUGGAAGCGGUCACGCCACCACGCACGCGCACAUCCGCGCGAGCACGAGGACUCAACGCUCGUGCGCCGUGGCGGGCGUUAUUUCAAGCACCGCUCUCCCAAGCCAAAGCGCCCCUCCCAGCACAUGCAUGUGCCUCAACUGUCGGCACCCACGGCACCGUCGCAAUCGUCAGCAUCAGUGCACAACAUCACUUCAAUGACGGCCAUGUCAGGGAGUCAGCCGAAUGCCGCGCCGCACCACCACCACCAACAGCAGCAGCACCAACAGCAGAGUCUGCAUCAACUCCAUCAUCAGUCACCGCACCACCAACAGCAACAGCAGCAGCAUCCACAAGGAUACCAGCCACAACCACAGUCACAGACACACCUGCAAGCUGCCUACCAUCACCAUUACACCCAUCACCAACAGCUGAGACAGCCGCAGCAGCAGCAACAGUUGCACCAACAACAGCACCACCAGCAACAAUACCACCACCAGCAACAGCAGCAGCAGCAGCAGCAGCAGCAGCAGCAGCAGCAACAUGCACCACACCAGCUCGGGUACAGCACAAUGAGCAGCACCGGCGCCUACGACCACGUGAACGUCGCGUCUGCACACCCGUCUACCACCAUGGACACUGCUGAUGAUGCAAUGCUGGUGCAGCUGCCAGCGACGCAGCGCUUGAGCGGAGAUGUGGCUGAUCCCUCCACUCUCCUCUCGUACUGCGCAGCUCUCUGAUCCUGUUGUGCAAUUGUGUGUGUGUGUGUGUGUGUGCGCGCGCGCGUGCGUGUCCGUGCGAUGCUGUGCGAUGCUGUGCGUGUGUGAUAUCGAGAGAGAGAUAGAGAGAGAGUGUGUGUGUGUGUGCGUGCGUGUGCAUGUGAUAGCGAGAAUGUGCGCGUGUGUGUGCUAGAGGCAGAUAGUGUGCGUGUGAGUGAGUGGAGCAGUGUGUUUGCCGGUGUGAUGACAUGGCUGCCUCUGUUACUGGUUGCCUUGCCUUUUUGUGAACUCCUUUUGGAAGUGUUUGCAUCAGCACGACUCUGCGAUUGCCAUUGUUCAUUCCAAUCCAACGACAUCACCCGCAGAAACCACAACCAACGACAGUAGCAGCAAAAAC